ACGUUGAGCGCAGAGCGAGUUGAAAUGAAACAUGGCGGCGAAUAAGCGGGAAAGCUCACGCGAGGUCAGCGCGCGGCCAGAUCGACCGGAGGGAUCAUGCACGCUUUCCUCAAGACCGGGAAGCUGGGCGCUCCGGCGGAGGCCAAGAAACCCUCGACUUCCCGGGCCAAGGACGACAGGAAGAACCUGACGCCAUGGGUGGAGAAAUACCGACCGAAAAGCGUCGACGACAUUGUGGAGCAGACGGAGGUGGUGAACGUGAUACGGCAGGCCAUGGAGCACGGGGAUUUUCCCAACAUGCUGUUCUACGGGCCGCCGGGCACCGGCAAGACCAGCAUCAUCCACGCGGCCGCGAGGCAGAUGUUCGGCAGCAUCUACAAAGAGAGGAUACUGGAGCUCAACGCCUCCGACGACAGGGGCAUUCAGGUUGUGAGGGACAAGAUCAAGUCCUUUGCGCUGCGCAAGGCCAAUCCUAACGGGCCGGACGGGAGAAAAUGUCCGCCAUUCAAGAUCAUCAUACUGGACGAGGCGGACAGUAUGACCGGCGCCGCGCAAACGGCGCUCCGUCGAAUCAUAGAGAAAGAGUCGCACAGCACGCGCUUCUGCUUGGUGUGCAAUUACCUGUCGCGGAUCAUCAAGCCGAUAGCGUCGCGCUGCACCAAAUUCCGGUUCAAGCCGCUGAGCGACGAGAAGAGUAUCGCCAGGCUCGAGUACAUAUGCAACGAGGAAAAUCUAAAGGCCGACAGGAAGGUCUUGGAGAGGAUCGUCGAGGCGUCGGGCGGCGAUCUGAGACAGGCCGUCAUGUGCCUGCAAUCGAUCACGCGACUAAAGGGAAAGGAGUACGAGAUCACCGUGGACGACGCGCUCGACGUUAUCGGGUUGGUUCCCGACGAUCAAAUUAAUGCGCUGUGGGAGGCUUGUAACAAGAGGAAAUACAUUGAUAUGCAGAAGUUACUUGAGAAUUUGCUACUUGAAGGAUAUCCGGGUUCGCAGGUAAUUGAACAAUUGAACGAGAAAAUUAUCUUCUCCGACGAACUUACUGACAAACAAAAAGCGAUUAUUGGCGAUGUACUUGGGAAAUGUGAUUUCAGAUUAACAGAAGGAAGCGACGAGUAUCUGCAGCUUCUAAACUUGUUUUCUACUAUCUUGAUGGCGUUGAAGUCUUAAAGAAACUUCACUCGCCUCAGUGUUGUAUUUAUAUUUGUAGAUUUACAGUAUGAAUAAUAUAAGGAUUUUAUAUA